UUUAUUAUUCGAUUUUCGAGGUAGCCAUAUUACGUCCAGACAUUUCCAUUGCGUAGCGAGAAAUACAUCUCAACACAAGUUUACCAUUGUCUGGUUGUUUAACUUUGUAUAUUUUUUUUUUUUUUGUAUAUUUGCGUCAAUAUUGAUCACAAGAAAUUAGUAAAUAACAUAGUAAAUUUACAAGUUGCAACGUGUAAUAAUAGACCUUGAAUAGAGUUAAUGGGUGAGGUGAACGGGUUUCGGUUUUUUUUACACCAUACAUUACCGGCAGAAGAUUUAUAGUAUUCAAGAAAUAUUUGCCUUCCUUUAAGUUAUAACAAUCUAAUAGUUUAUAUAAGAAGUUUUUAAAUUUAUCCGCGUCUGUAAAACGUAAUACACCGUUUGAAUAGCCUAAUUUUUAGAAUGUUUUGUAUACGACCGAGUCAACCCUUUCGAUCAGUAGUUACAACUCAAGAACAAAGAAACCUUAACAAGUUCUGGAUGUCUAAAUAUGCCAGGCUGUGCAGCAGUUGGCUGCAACAAUCGUAGUGAGAAAGGUUAUAUUAUGAAAUGUUUUCCACGUGAUCCAAAGUAUAGAAAAAUUUGGCAAGAGCGUGUUGCUAGAGCUGAUUGGGAACCAUCAAAUAACUCAUUUCUUUGUCACGUACACUUUGAACCUCAGGAAUGGUCUAUAACACAAAGUGGAAGAAUUAGACUGAAGAAGAACGCAAUUCCUUCUAUAUUUACAGUGACAUCUACUAGAAAAUCACCUAAAAAAAGAACUAAGAUAUUUAAUAAGAAAGGUGAAAACUUACUGCAAGGUGAAUAUAACAUAGAAUAUACAGAAAAUGAUACAGAGCAUUCAUCUAUUGAACAUUUAGAAGAGAAAGAUUUGGAUUUUCAGGAGAUUGAGGAACUAUCUAUACAACAAACUACUAAAGAUUAUCUUAAACAUACCCAUAAAUAUACAGAAGAUAAGAGAGAAGAAAACAUUAAGGUUAAUCAUCAAAGGCAAAAUAUUGUGAUGAUUGCUGAUGAUAACCUCACUGAUAUUAAUAAUUUAGUGGAGCAAUACAGUCUGGAAGUUCAACCAAACAAUAAUAGAAAGGAAAUUAAAUUAUCCUUAUUUAUGAACAAUUCAGAAACUACACAACUAUCAAAUACCACUAUAAAGAAAGAAAUUAAAUUAGAGGUUAUGGAUCAUAACACACUUGAAGAUAGUUAUGAUGAAAUUGAAGAGAAGUUAAAACAAAUUUGUGAUGGUGGAUCUACUGAAGAUGAAAAUUAUAAAAAUGAGAUUGAGAAGAAGUUGAUGGUUAAGACUCAGAAGGAAGGUGAAAUUGAAGAAAAAAUGGACACAAAAGUUGAAUUUACUACUGAUGACCAUACAGUUGAAUUUACUACUGAUAACCAUAAAGUUGAAUUUACUACUGAUAAUCAUAAAGUUGAAUUUACUACUAAUGACUAUAAAGUUGCUUCGCCUGUUAAUAAAAAUCAUUUAUCAAUAAAAAACGAAGUCGGACAUAUGCUUACAGACAAAGAAGAAAAUGUUGAAAUAAUAUUUGGUACUGAAAGUGGGGAUGAAAAAACAUCUGUAUCGCAAACUGUAUCAAAAAUGAAUAAAGUGAAAAAUAGUGCACUGGAACAUGAUGAAAUGAUUUAUAUUAAAGAUGAAAAGAAGAUUUUCAAUGAAGACAUAGAAGAAAAUUUUACUAAAGAUGAAGUUUAUGUUAUACCAAAUAUAAGAGCGGCUAUGAAGCGUAAGAGAAGAACUAGAGAAGAAAUAAUGAGAUCAAUAAAGAAGUCAUUUAGAAGCAAUUCAGAUCAAGAUAUUAAUUCUUCAAGUAAUAGUGACUCAUCUGAAAUAGAAAUAAAAGAUGAAUUACCUUUGUUUUCUCAGCAAACAAAUGAUAUUAAUAAAAAUGAUGUAGAAAUAGAAACUGAUAAAUUUGUUAUCAAAGUAACUGGUGACCCUGAUGAUGUGACUGAAAUUAUUGAAGAGUUAUCACUUAACACAACAGGAACACAAAUAUCUAAAGAAUUCAGUACUGCUACCAAAAUUGAGGAAAAUGAUUUACUCAUUACAUCUGUUAUAACAGUAGAAACACCAAAAGAUCUGAAAGGUAUUAUUUAUGGAAAUUUUAAUAAUUCACUAAUAAAGAAUGAGUAUGUAAGUAAAGAAACUUCACUAAUGAAUCAAUUUCCUUAUGAAGACAGAGAGUUUACAAGUUUCAAUUCAACUCAUAGUUCUAAAACAUACUAUCCUUCUUGUUUCAAACAUACAUGUUCUGAUGACGAAGAAAGGAUAAGGACUAAUUUACUAUCACAAAAUUGUACACAAGGUGUUCAAACUUCCUUGGGAAAUAAUCCUAGUUGUGUUUCCUCAGAUUAUGAAGAUCUGUUAGAAAGAAUACAAAUUCAAGAGGAUGUAAUUGCAAAGUUAACUGACCAGUUAAUUAUUUAUAAAGAAUUUGAAAACAGUAUAAAAACCACAGGACAUGAAAUGCAAGUCAAAGAAGUGGAAACAUCUAGAAUUAAUACAAGAUCAAGUAACAUACAAUCUACAAUACUUAAUAAAAAGAAUUUAGAAUCCAAACGAAGAUUGAUAAAAGACUUAUCAAACAGAGUAAACUAUUUUGAAGAAAUGAAUAAAAAAUUAACAAAAACUGUAACAUUGGCAUCUCAGCAAAAAAGAAAGCUUGAAGGGCAAAUUAAACAAAAGGAUAAUCAAAUAAAGGAACUUAAUUGGAAGUUGGAAAAAGCAUCUAAAUAUCUUGAAAGAGCAGAAAAAAACACAAACACUUACAGAAGGAAGAUGUUAAGUAUGCAAACUGUUAUGAGAAGAAGAAAGCUUUUGGAUGAAAAAAUGUGCAAAUUUAAUGAAAUGUUACUAGACAGCUCUAAACAAGAAUUUUCAGAAAAGGUUUUAUCCAUGGCAACAGAGAUUUGGGAACUUUAUGGGAAAAAUGAAUAUGAUAAGCUGCUUUCUUAUGGGUUUCCAUUACCACCAUUACCAGCUUUAACGGAAGAACUUCUUACUGAAGAAUUUACAGAUCUUAACAGAAGUGAUAUAGACGAGGCACAAAAUUCUACGAAGAUAAGUAUUAAAGCAGAAAAAGCUCAUGAUACAAAUAAUGAAUCUGAAAUAGAUGAAAAGGACGCAGAACAUGUAGCUUCAGUUGGCAAAGCAACUGAAUAUGAAAGUGCAGAAACUGUAACAGGAACUGUGCAAGACAUUUUUGAUGAAAAUAAUGAUGGUGAUGAUUUUAGUACAAAUGAAUUAAGAGAACAUUUUAUUCUGCAAUUAAAUGCAGUUAUGUAGCCAUAAUUUUGUAUUUUAAUUAUAUUUUUCUUUUUACAUCUUAAGAACUGUAAUAUUAAAAUCAUAAAUACUUAGGUCAAAUCUCUUUUGUCAUUGUACUAUAUGUACCAUUGUGCUCUUAAGAAUUAUAUUUAUUGUAUAGUAUAAUCCAGUGUUCUUACUUCAAAUGUAAAUAUAUAUGUACAAAUAUUAUUAUAUGCGUAAUAUAAAAGACCAUUUUAAGUGAUUGAUUGCAGUAUUAAAUCAUUGCUUAUAAAUAAUUUUCUGCAUAAUGGUCUAUCGAUCUAUCUUAAAGUUAUACAAUACUUUAUGUUUCUUAUUGACAAGAUUUAUAUUUUAGUAGUAAAAUAAGAAAAACAGAUCUGCUACAAAUUUGUUUCUGAUGUUCUUCUAAAUUUAUCUUUGGCAAUAAUACUCCAAUAUUUGUGCAUCAGUAAAAUGUUAAAAGUAUAUGAAUUCAAUUAUGUUAUUUGAAAAAGAGAAGGGGCAAAGUAAUGAAAUAGUAAUUAAAAUCUUUUACACAAGAUGUAUGAAAGAUAAUAGUAUAAUAAUACUUCUGCAUAUUCAAAUUUUAUGCUAUCUAAUUACUUCAUCGCUGAAGAUAUUUAUACUAUGUAUGACAUAGGUAAUAUAUAAGUAGUAUGUUAAAAAUAUGAUUAUAAAUUUUGAGAAAUUAUAUAGGGUGAUUCUCUCGCUGGUUAAUUCAUAGGUAAUGUCGCGUGCCGCGACGAUAAUGUCAUGUAACUGUAAUAACUAGGAAAGUGGUCACCCUGUAUUUGUCUCAUUUGAAUAAUAUAAGGUAGAAGACAUUAUAACAAUAGUAAAUACACUUGAUUAUACAUA